AUGGCAGACUCAAGCUUUACCCCGCGCAACAUUUUAAUCUUUGGCGCAACUGGCACGAUUGGCAGCUUCAUCACAAAGUCCAUCGUCUCCGCGCGAUCUGAAUUCAAUCGCGUCGCUAUCUUUACGACGGCCCCUGCUGCGGGGAGUGCCAAGGAACAGUUUAUUCAGGAGCUCAAGACCAAGAAUGUUGGGAUCAUCGUUGGAGAUAUCGCCAGUGAAAGUGACGUAACCAAUGCAUACAAAGGAAUCGACACUGUAGUUGCUGCCCUUGGCCGUGGUGUCAUUGACUCCCAGAUUCUCCUAAUCAAACUCGCCGCGUCAUCCGACUCGGUCAAAUGGUAUUUCCCCUCGGAAUACGGGACGGAUAUCAAGUAUGGCCCGGCAUCAGCCACUGAGAAGCCACACCAACAAAAGCUCAAAGUGCGUGCCUAUCUCGAAGGAGAUGAAGAAAUCCAGAAAAGCGGACUGAAGUACACAUAUGUCGUCACUGGCCCGUUUGCUGACGGAUACCUGCGCCUGUUGGGCUCGCCUGAAGCCGGUGGAUGGGACGUCAAGACAAAGACUGCCUGGCUGCUGGAGAAGAAUAACAAAGUUAGUCUGACGACUAUGAAAGACACUGGAGAACUUGUCCUUGCCGCUUUGCGUCACCCGACUGCGUCAUUCAACAAAGCUCUCAAGGUCAACUCCUUCACGACAAGCCCGGCUCAGGUACAGGAGGAAUUCGAGCGUCAAACUGGAGGCUCAUGGACAGUACAUGAGGCAUCUCUGGCUAGGGUUCGCGAAGUCGAAGAAGAGGCAUGGGCGGCGAACCUUCCAUUUGCAACCGGAAUCACCCUUCGGCGCAUAUGGGCAGAGGGCGGCACUCUCUAUGAAAAGCGAGAUAAUGAUGUUAUCGGAGAGCCGAAGUUGCAGACGUUGGGGGAGAUUGUUUCUGAGAAUGUCAAGAGAUCUGCAUGA